AUGGGCGCGGGGGCGCUCGCCCUGGACGAGCCCUGCAACGUGUCGUCGGCCGCGCCGCUCCCCGACGGCGCGGCCACCGCGGCGCGGCUGCUGGUACCCGCGUCGCCGCCCGCCUCGCUGCUGCCGCCGGCCGGCGUUGGUCCCGCGCCGCUGCCCCAGCAGUGGACGGCCGGCAUGGGCCUGCUGAUGGCGCUCAUCGUGCUGCUCAUCGUGGCGGGCAACGUGCUGGUGAUCGUGGCCAUCGCCAAGACGCCGCGGCUGCAGACGCUCACCAACCUCUUCAUCAUGUCCCUGGCCAGCGCCGACCUGGUCAUGGGACUGCUGGUGGUGCCGUUCGGGGCCACCAUCGUGGUAUGGGGCCGCUGGGAGUACGGCUCCUUUUUCUGCGAGCUCUGGACCUCGGUGGACGUGUUGUGCGUGACGGCCAGCAUCGAGACCCUGUGUGUCAUCGCCCUGGACCGCUACCUGGCCAUCACGUCGCCCUUCCGCUACCAGAGCCUGCUGACCCGCGCGCGGGCGCGGGGCCUCGUGUGCACCGUGUGGGCCAUCUCGGCCCUGGUGUCCUUCCUGCCCAUCCUCAUGCACUGGUGGCGGGCCGAGAGCGACGAGGCGCGCCGCUGCUACAACGACCCCAAGUGCUGCGACUUCGUCACCAACCGGGCCUACGCCAUCGCCUCGUCCGUCGUGUCCUUCUACGUGCCUCUGUGCAUCAUGGCCUUCGUGUACCUGCGGGUGUUCCGCGAGGCCCAGAAGCAGGUGAAGAAGAUCGACAGCUGCGAGCGCCGCUUCCUCGGCGGCCCCGCGCGGCCGCCCGCGCCCGGGUCCCCGAGUCCCGCCGCCGCCGCCGCCGCCCCGCUGGCCAACGGGCGCCCCAGCAAGCGGCGGCCCUCGCGCCUCGUGGCCCUGCGCGAGCAGAAGGCGCUCAAGACGCUGGGCAUCAUCAUGGGCGUGUUCACGCUGUGCUGGCUGCCCUUCUUCCUGGCCAACGUGGUCAAGGCCUUCCACCGCGACCUGGUGCCCGACCGCCUGUUCGUCUUCUUCAACUGGCUGGGCUACGCCAACUCGGCCUUCAACCCCAUCAUCUACUGCCGCAGCCCCGACUUCCGCAGGGCCUUCCAGCGCCUGCUCUGCAGCGCGCGCACGGCCGCCCGCAGGCGACACGCGGGCCCCGGAGACCGGCCGCGCACCCCGGGCUGCCUGGCCCGGCCCGGGCCGCCGCCGUCGCCCGGGGCCGUCUCCGACGACGAGGACGACGACGACGUCGGGGCCACGCCGCCCGCGCGCCUGCUGGAGCCCUGGGCCGCCUGCAACGGCGGGGUGGCGGCGGACAGCGACUCGAGCCUGGACGAGCCGGGCCGCCCGGGCGUCGCCUCGGAGUCCAAGGUGUAGCGGCCGGGUCCCCAGCGCCGCAGCCGGGACGCGGGCUCUGCGCCCCCCACCCCCCGGGGCAGGGAAG